AUGUCAGCGGGCCCAUCGACCUCGUCUGGCGCACCGAUCGACGGUCAUAGGACGCUUCGACUUCACGUCUGGGGCACAUCACCAUCACUCCCUACGCUCGACUCAACAUCGCUUUACGCUGCCUCCCUCCUCCGCUCCACGUUUGCCGACAAUGCCCAUGUGCAGCUCCAGCUUGCGUCGGCAUCGACGUCCCUCUCCCGCGUCCCCUUGCUGCAAGUGCUCGACGGCAACAGCCACACAGUCGAACUUAUCGACAAUGUCGAAGCUAUCCGCGCGUUCUGCGUUGCAGCUGGGCUCGAUUCUGCGCUCGCAUCGGAUGAAGAGCUUGCAGCCAAGCAAAUAGCUUUGCACGCCCUAGUCGACGACCAUCUGCUUGAUCUCACCCUGCAUUCGCUGUUCAGCCUCCCUUCCAACUUUCGCGCCGUCACGGCACCAGCAUACUCUUCCGAUGGUGGUACCCAGGCGUCCGCUUCGUCAUUGGCAAAACUGGCUUCGUUACCUAUGCGUUUCCAGCCGUCGAUCCCAUCCCGACUGCGGAACGUGGUGGAAACGCGCCUCACCGCCGUCGGUCUGUGGGGUAUGGGUGGGAAAGAAGCCAGCACCAAGUCAGGGGAGUCGGACGAACUCGCAGCUCGAGCAGGAAUCGUCCCUGCUCGAAAGAAGGGUCUAGGUCAGACAGCGAAACAGGCUGUGCACGACGAGUUUGAACGCAGCAAACUAGUGACGAAAUGGAGGGAGGUGUUGGACGUUGUUGACGCUGCCAUUGGUAGUAAGGUGUUGGGAGUGAGCGGAGUGGGUAGUCUGGAUGCACACGUGUUUGGAUACCUAGCACCACUGGUGUUUGCUUCUCCCGACCUACCGAUAGAUACCCUGCCAAGGUUGAUCAAGACAUCCUAUCCGCGACUGCAAGACUACCUCACCAGCACGAAGCAGCACCUUUUCCCCGAAAACGCAACUACCUGGGCUUCACCGUCAGAAGUUCUCUCCACACCACCCGUUCUCCAGUCAUCCUCAACCUCAACAUCAACGUCAGGACUCCUUUCGUACAUCUGGCCUUUCACAGCCACCUCUUCUUCAGACAAGGCAAGUUUCACCGCCGACUCUUUUCCAGCCACCACUUCCGGUUCAACCCCUACAUCGACGUCGUACCGUUCCACCGCGGGAGCCGGUCAGCAGAGGAAAAAGCCAAGCCCGUCAGCGUCGCCAGAAGAUCGCAAGCUGCGACUGGGUCGCGCGCUAUGGAUCUGUUCCGCCUUGGUGGGUCUGGUAGGGUAUACGUUUGCCAGCGGCAUUGUGAGUGUGCGUUUUGUCGACAGUGAUGAGCUUCAGCAGCAGGAGGACGAGGAGGAUGACGAUGACGAAGAUGAGGACGAAGAUGAGGAGGACGAUGAGGAGGAGGAGGAUGGGUGGGAGGUGCAGACCGAAGAGGAUCUGGAGGAUGAUCUGGAAGAGAUGGAAUUAGGCGAAGAUGAUGACGAUGACGAGUAUUGA